UUGUUUCGGUCCUUGCUUUAGCUCUGCCAUAUUUUUCUGGAAACUCUGUUUCAGCCACGCACUAAUGCAUGUUCUGUAGCCGGUAGUGGUGUACGCAGAGCAGUGAUGAGCAGCACAUCCUGACCUCAGGCACCGAAAGAAGAAAAUGCAGGUGCGGAAAGCCGUGGACCACGACUGCAUCACUGUGCGCUCGACGAUUCCAGAUAUCGGCCAAAGCAAACUGCACAAGCUGCAGAGCACACUCCCCUUCGCUCGCCUGAUCCAAAGCUGCCCGCGCUCACUCCCAGGUCCCCAUGGGAUCCUACCACCACUACACCUCCACCUCCCAAUUCGUCUUCGCCGCCGUCGAUUCCAACCCCAACCCCGCCCACAAACCCAAGACCACCGUGCAAAUCCCCGUCACCUCCCCUUCGGAGGAGUGGGCUCGGGAGGAGCAGGGGUCGCGUGACGCCGCGGCGGCCGCCAGGAUCCAGGCGGCCUUCCGCGGGCACCAGGUCCGUCGGCACGUCGCGGCCGUGCGCGCGGCCGACGCCGAGGCGACGCGGCUGGAGCGGCUGCUCCGGCGGCAGGAGACCGUGGACGCGGUCCGGGGCGACGGGCGCGAGCGGGCCCGGUUCUCGGAGGCGCUGAUGGCCGUGCUGCUCCGCCUCGACGCCGUGCCGGGGCACUACCCGGCAGUGCGGGACGCGCGGCGCGCCGUGAGCCGCCGCGUCGUCGGCCUGCAGGAGGUGUUCGACGCCGUGGUCGCGGCGCCCGGGGCGCAGACGUGCGGGGUGCCGGCGAGCCUGGAGCAGGCACUCGAAGGGAUCUGGGGCGCCGGGGAGGCGCCGAUGCCGGCGCCGGCGGUGGAGGAGGAGGACGUGAGGAGGAGCGGGUCAUGCUGGGGGAGGUUUUUUGGGGGAGUAUAGCGAGCAGUGUAAUACUGUACGGUACAAGGAGGUGUCGAGGUGAUCAUCGGACGGUAGAAUACGAAGUGUAAUACGCACUCAUUUGUACAUGCAUUUUGUGGGCGUAUUGUAUACCCAUGUUGCAGUGAUCAGGAACGA